CCCCGCAUAUUUAUUAUUAAAAUUCUAUUUAUAUACAUAUAUUACUAACGUAUUUGAAGACACUUUUGAAAUGUAAUAAAACAUUUGUCUUUGUUAAUGUAUUUUAACUUUUCUUUUACUAUAUUAUAUUGUGAUUUUGUGAAGUAGACAAUUAUAAUGGGCUUAUGGCAGUUUUUUUGGUGGAUUUUUUGCGGGGAUGAAGUGGGUACGACGCGGGUGCGGGGUAGGGCGGGGGUGGGUCUAGAAUUUCCCCCCGCAAUGGGUGGUGGGGCGUGGAUGGGGAUGAGAAUUUAAUGCGGGUGCGGGGGUACCAUCAUCCGCACCCGCCCCGCCCAAUUGUCAUCCCUACGGCUCCAGGUUACUCAUGAGGAGCUAUUUCAGCCACACGUACCUAUUUGGAAAAAAGGCGGCGUUUAUGUUGAGGAGAUUUUUGAUAGAUGUAAACGCAUGCCUCGUCCCGCUGACGUGACUCUUCGCGCAUAUCUGCUUCUCACACUUGGGUGUACGCUAUUUAUGGAUAAGAGUGGUACCCAGAUCUUACCGAUGAACAUUGUUGAUUUAGAUGAUCUUAAUUCAGUGCAUACGUACUCAUGGGGCUCUACGGCAUUGGCGUAUUUGUAUCGUCAACUGGGGGUGGUGACUAGGUUGGAAUGUUGUCAGAUUGUUGGUUGUCUCACUUUCACAAUGUUGGAUAUAUACGAGUACUUCCCUUGUUUUCGGCCUCAGAAAGAUGGUGUAGCAUUGAGUCCUCAUGAUCCUCGAGCUAGAAAGUGGGAUGAUGACAUCGUGAGUAAUAAUGUGAUCCGACUUGCUUCGAUACGCAGACGCUUGGAUAAACUUCAUGCUUCAGAGGUCGUUUGGACGCCAUAUGGGGAUGAUCCAGCUACCAUGGUUCCGAGAACGACGUAUUACGACUGCAUACGUUAUCGUGAUAUCAUUGAGCCGUACAACCCAGAUUGGGUAGAACGACAGCUGGGUUAUGUUCAGAGCAUCCCUUCUUCGAUCCAGAUUCCCGAGUAUGCAUAUAGACCAAAACCAUCUGAUCUGAUAAAUUAUAAUUCUAUCAAAUUAUUUUUCGGAAAUGGGCAGUCUGCUUUCGACCGGUUUGACCGUCACAGGCCCCUACUUAUGAUGGUGUUGCUGAUCCUGUGUCUGGAAAACUGGUUAAGGGAGAUGGAGAAGCUAUUCACGGCAACAAACUGCUCUGCUGCCGAAAUGUUCUCCGCCAAGCUGAAAGAGAGAUUCUACCCUGAUGAGUUGCGCUGGCAAAAGCAGGAAGAAUUUCUAUCUCUGACUCAAGGGAAUAUGGACAUCCAGAAGUACACCGACCGCUUCACGGAGCUGUCUAAAUUUGCUGUACUGUCAUUCCCACCGAAGCUGAGAGGGUUAAGAGAUAUAUAA